AUGGCAGCGAUGCUUGUGGGCGCGCUGCGGAGGGGCAGUGGAUGCCGCGGCGGCUCGCGCCUCCUCGCUCAGUCGCUUCGCAGAUUCGUGAGCACGCUGGUCGUAGCGGAGCACGAAGGUGGGUUCGUCAAGCCGUCGUCGCUGAGCGCAUUGGCCGCCGCGGAGGCCAUUGCCAAGGACAACAAAGUUUCUGUCCUGCUGGGUGGUUCCGGGCCGGCGCUUCACAAGGCUGCCGACCAUGCCGCGUCCAGCCAUCCACUGGUGUCUGAGGUGCUCGUGGCGGAUUCGGAAGCCUUGGCGCAUCCUCUGGCUGAACCGUGGGCUGAGCUGCUCCGUUCCGUUCAGCAGAAAGGAGGCUAUUCUCAUGUUAUAGCUUCAUCCACGUCGUUCGGGAAGAAUUUGCUUCCACGUGCUGCGGCCCUUCUUGAUGUCUCCCCUGUUACUGAUGUCACUGCUGUAAAGGAGCCACACGUCUUUGUGAGGCCAAUUUAUGCUGGGAAUGCACUUUGUACUGUGAAAUAUACCGGAGAGGAACCUUGCAUGAUGAGUAUUAGAUCAACUUCAUUUUCCCCAACUACUGAGGCUAUGUCUGAAACAAAGGUUGCACCUAUCACCCAGGUUGAUCUCUCUUUCCUCAGUGAAGGGAAAUCUUCAUGGGUGAAUCUGACAUCCCAAGACACAGAGCGGCCUGAUCUUGCAAAUGCACGUGUAGUAGUCACCGGAGGCAGAGGUUUAAAAAGUGCUGAAAAUUUUAAAUUGUUGGAGCAGCUUGCUGAGAAACUUGGUGCAGCAGUGGGUGCGACUAGGGCUGCUGUUGAUGCAGGUUAUGUUCCAAAUGACCUUCAGGUUGGUCAGACAGGGAAAAUUGUCGCACCAGAGCUUUAUAUGGCUUUUGGAGUAUCUGGAGCAAUACAACACUUGGCAGGAAUGAGAGAUUCGAAAGUUAUUGUGGCUGUUAAUAAAGAUGCUGAUGCCCCCAUAUUUCAGGUUGCAGAUUACGGACUGGUUGCUGAUCUGUUCGAGGUUCUGGAUGAGUUAUUGAAGAAGAUCCCAGAAAAGAAAUAA